CUGCAGUCUGCACUGCAGAGCGGACCCUUUAGGAAACUGUUGGCCACCUUAUGAGCGAUGGACGAAAUCUACGCCAAUGUUGAACAUGACAAACCUGUUGCCCCAAGACCUUCACCAUAUCGGAAAGGUCCCAGUAGCUCAGAGAGAAGAUUUCAUGGAGCUGUUGUUCUCUGUCUGGGACUGCUGAAUGUUUUCCAGCUGGCUGGGCUCAUCGGCCUCGCUGUCCACUCUGCAGAUCUCUCAGCCAUCAAAGCCAACCUGACUGAGCGUCUCCAGGCCAGCGUCAACAUGUCAUCUAGUCUGACUCAAGAGAGAGAUCUGCUGAACAUCAGCCUUGUUGAAAUGACUAGAGACUUGAACAAGCUUCAGAUUUCAUCGUUUCUUACAGAACCAUCUUGUCCUGUUGGAUGGAGGAUGUUCAGUUGCGCCUGUUAUUUCCUCUCUAAUGAGUCUGGUUCCUGGGAAAAGGGUAGAGAGGACUGUAAAACCAGAGGAGCAGAUCUGGUGGUCAUAAACAGCUCUGAAGAACAGAAGUUCCUCUCUAACUUCACCAAGGAAGAAAUUAUGGCUUGGAUUGGUUUGACUGAUCGUAUCAAGGAGGGGACCUGGAUGUGGAUUAAUGGAGCUCCUCUGUCUCUACAACCUUUUCAGUAUUGGCGGAGUGGGCAACCUGAUAACAAUGGAGGACAUCGUUCGCUUGGGGAAGAGGACUGUGCCCACAUCAUAUAUGGAGGGGAGGAAAACAACUGGAAUGAUUUGUCAUGUGAAACCGAUAUGAGAUGGAUCUGUGAGAAAAUGGUUUAGCAUUGGUGCAUUAUUGUGUGUUUGCUGCUUCUACUGCUUCUAUAUUAUAUUUAAACAUAAUUCCUUUGCACAAGUGUGUAAGGUUUCAUACAAUUUUACUCACAGGGGGCGCUACAGUAACAUUAAUGAUAUUUCUACAAUUCUGGGAAUUUGGUGCACAAGUUCACCAUAAGCAUGUGCACAAACAAGAAGCUGGACAUCUUGUGGCCAGUUAAAAAAUACUUUGUGUUUUGGUGAAUAACUCCUGAACUGUGAGGCAGAGACAAAGCAUUCAAAUGUGGUGUUAAUAGCGUCACCAUGUGGUUGGUUGGUAAAACAUUUGACCUUCAUUUCAGAGUAUCAUUAAAAUACAUUGAGAUUCUCAAAGGUGUACCUGUGUCCCUUGUACUUAGUGUGAAAAUGCACAACUGUAUGUUUUCACAAAUUACAGAACUUUGAUUAAUGUACACAUCAAUCACCAGAAGCAGCUGCAGAAGAUGAAGCAACCACAUGCAUUUUCUUCUAGGAAUGAAAAUAUUGUAGUUUGGAGAUUAAAAGUUAGUAAAUUGUUUUUAUUGUAAAGUAGAAAUAAUGAAAGACAUUUGGAAUGCCAUUUACCUACAAAUUAUG